GACGUGCCUAGGAACGAGUGCGGCUGGCGAGUUAAGAGCGUCCUCCUCUUUCAAAAACAAAAUUAUAAGUAGGAGACGCCGGCAGCAAAUCAACAGGCAGAGGACGGAGUCCGGCAUACGCUCCGACGGCGUCAGCCUCCGGCCCGCGGUCCCCCAAAAGGCCGGGGGUUCGUGGCCGGCGGCUGCGCUCUCCCCGCCUCUCUGCGCCCUGGCUCUCCGCCCCAGUGCGCGCGCCCCGGGCGCAGCCCCUUUUGGCACCGCGGCUUCCAGGUGGAGCCGGGGUUUAGCCGCCUCCCCGGCGCCACGGAGAAGACCACCCCUCUCCACCCCCUCCCGGGAGUUGGGCGGCCCCGGCGUGGCGGGCCUCCCCUUCGCAUCCCGGCGUCUGCUGGGGCUGGGCGCGCUGGGCGCGAAGCCCGCGAGCCCGCAGUUGAGCGCAGCGCACAGCGCCGAGUGGCGCGCGCCGGCCAGCGGCCUGGGCACCCCCGGAGCGCAGCCAGACCCCCUCGCCAGCCGCCGACGCCCGGACCAUGACUGCCCCGGGGCCGGCCCCGCGCUCCCGGGCGCACUGCAGCCUGCCCGGGCUCUGGGUGGCGACAGCGCUGCUCCUGCUCAGUGCACCGCGGCUCUCCGUGCGGGCGGAUGGGAAGCUGUUUGUGCUGGAGCCCCCCGCCGGCUCGGGGGGCCUGGGGCUGGAGGCGGCGCGGCUCUCCUGCGAGAGCAGAGGCGCUCACCUGGUGUCGGCCCACGAGCUGCGCAGGCUGGUCCGCGACUGCGCCCUGGCCGUGUGCGCCACGGGCUGGCUGGCAGAUGGCACCGUCGGGACAACUGUGUGUAGCAAAGGGAGUGGUGAGCAGCAGCUCAUGAGAGCUGUGGACGUGAGAGUUGAGAGCAACCCAGUUCCUGGUGGCACGUACAGUGCCCUCUGUAUGAAGGAUGCAGAGAAGCCGUGCGGAGACCCGCCUUCGUUCCCGCACACCGUCCUGCAGGGCCGCACCGGCUUGGAGAUGGGGGAUGAGCUGCUGUACAUGUGUGCCCCGGGCUCAGCCACCGGCCAGCGCGAGACCGCCUUCACCCUGCUUUGUAACAGCUGCGGGGAGUGGUACGGCCUGGUGCAGGCCUGCGGUAAGGAGGAGGCCGAGGCGCACAUCGACUACGAAGACAACUUCCCGGACGACAGGUCUGUGGCAUCCCGGGAGCGCGAGGAGCAGGAGGAGGAUGGGCGCGAACCCCCGGCGCGGGAGGAGGCCCCGGGGCCCAGCCCGGGCGCGCCCACCCACUGGCCGGGACCCCGACUUCGCCGCAAGUACUUGUUCUUGCUUCCGGCCGCUGAGGCCUUCCACAAGCCUGAGCUGGAAACGGAGGCGGGCGGCCACAGCAAGAAGCGGCUGGCGGCCGGGGACAACCACAGCGGCGUCAAGCGGGCCCCGGGUCAGCGCGAAGCCAAGGUGGCCCGCGGCCGCGCAGACGGCCCCUCGGGGCCUCUCGUGGGCGGGGAGGACCGCCGGGCGGGGGACCCGAUGGUGAGCAGCAGUGACGGGUCCUGGUUAGAUGGCUACCCCGUGACGGAUGGGGCGUGGAGGAAGGGAGAGACGGAGGAGGAGGAGGAGGAGGACCGGGGGGACGGGUCGGUGGGGCUGGAGGACAGUGUCCUCCCCCCUGACCAGCCCGAUCUGGUGGAAGCCACGCAGCCCGCGGCACGGGGCGGGGGCGUCACCCCGACUUCCGUCCUUCCUUCUCAGACGCUGGGCCUGGAGGGUUCGGCUGUCACCCCCCUAAAUGUGUCUGACACUGAGAGUCCCCGCGGCGGGGAUGGCGACGUGACCAGGUCCACUGCCCCUUGGAGAGUGACCACCGGGCAGUCUCCCCUGGCCACUCUACCCUCUGACCUCACCAGUGCUACCCUGGAGCCAGUGAGGACGACUGCUGCCCGCCAGACACCUGUCCACACGGCCUCCCCCAGCGUGGCCGCCACACGGCCUCCGGGGGACACCAGCGCCCCUGGGGUCCAGGACAGCUUCCCAUACCUGCUGUCCGAGGACUUCCUGGGCCAGGAGCAUCCCAGGCCGGGUGCAGGCCAGGAGGAGCUGCUGCCAAGCUUGGAGCCAUGUGUGGGGGACAGGUGUCCCAGCCUGGGCAGGGGCCCCGUGAUCGCCACCGUGGUCACUGUGCUGUGCCUGCUGCUGGUCCUGGCCGGCGUGGGGGCGGUGUGGGGCUACCGCAGGUGCCAGCACAAGCGUUCUGUGUACAAGCUGAACGGGGGCCAGCGGCACGCCCGGCACUACCACCAGCAGAUCGAGAUGGAGAAGGUAUAGCUCGAACAGCGAGGCAACGCCGGUGACCGGACACGGGUGGGCUGGUGGGGUGGGGGCGCGUGCUCUUUUCCUCAGGUCUUCGCGUUGCAGGCUGGGAGGUGUCUGGCACACAUCCGGGUCUCCUCCACCGUCUGCCCUGGAACCGAUUGCACUAAUCCCAGACUCCGUGCUUGGGCCCUGAUUCCCACGUGAGGUCAGAAGUCACAACCCUGCUUCAUAUACUAUCAUCCUCUCCUCCUUUUUUCCAAAAAGAAAACAUUCACCCCAUGCUGUGAAAUGACUUUGAUAAACCACGCAUUUGAGAGUAGCGUUAUUUGGGACAGAGAUGUCUUGUUGCGGUGAGCAGGAGCCAAAGAAAAUGGGUUAUUUCCUUUUAUUGAGAUGUUGCUGACGGCAAAUGAGCCAAGGACCAAGAGCCGGUCUGGAAUGGUGCGGUUGUUUUUGGUUUGCAACUGGAGAGAAUUUGAAGACUGAUGUUUUGCUGGGGGAGGUGAGGAGAGGAGAGACGUCCACCCACGUGGCCGCCCCACUCUGUGGGACAGCCCGUCGUCCUUUCAAAACAAGGUGAACUGUGUACCGUAAGCACCACUUCCCCUCGGAAGCAGUGGCCUCAUUGUACUUGACCAGACUCUGCCUGGGAAUGUCUUGGAAUGUUUGCCAGGACUAACAAAACUCGGCCCUUGGUUUCCUCCCAGGAUUAACCGUUUUUCUGAACUCCGGGAAGAGGGGAUGGCAUGGGAGAAAACACGUGUCUCAGGAGGGCCAGAGAGCGGGAUACGAGGACAGGUGCCCGGUGGACGGAAGAGCAGGACUUGAGCUGAUCGGUGGGGAGCUAACCGCCGAGCACCGAGCGUAGGGCUCAUGGACGCAGUCCGUCCUGGCGAAUGAGCAGCCAGAGCAUCUUGUGGUGCCCAGCAGGUGUUGUUGACCAUGACCGUGUCUCAAAGCGUGGGCCUUAGCCCAGCAGCGUGGACGCCACCUGGGCAUUCGUCGGGAGUGCAGGUGCUCAAGUCCCAUUCCAGACUCAGGAAACAGAUGACGCUGGUUGGGGGGCGAGGAGGGGUGGGGCCGGGGUGCUGUGUUGUAACCGGUGUUCCGGGGGACUCUGAUGUAUCUCCAGGCUUGAGAGCCACUAGUGUUUGAUAAGGUGAGUGGUGAGCUUGGAGGCCGGCCGGACCCUGGAGACACAGAAGCUGAGCACCUCUGGCCUGUCAGACGCGCAGCGCAGGCAUUGGUGCUUGUGCCUGAGACAGACAGAAGCCUCCCAAUGCCAGCCCCCGUGGCCUCCUGUGUGGGGGCCCAGAAACUAAACAGGCUACAUUCUGCUAGUGGGGAUCAUCUUCCUGGCGACAGUUUUCAAUGGCAGAAAGUGGUGAAGGCAGCAGGUUUCUGCGGAGACGCCCUAGGAGUCAGUGUUUUCGAGCGGCUUGGGAGAAGCCUGACGUUUUCGAUAAUGGAAAAAGUAUUGGUGGUGUUUCACCUAAGGAAAAACACUUUUCACAAGACGUUUUCCACCCUACCACCUGUUUUCAAUACACGCUUUGGAAAAAUAAUAGGCCAAGUAGCUAUGAAGACGAGACAGCGUAAUCAAAGAGGUUGGUGCCCGUAACUGGGUCAGAUGGAGUCCUGGCGGUACCAGCUGGAAUGCUGGUGCAUCAGAUGAAAUCUACAAGAUGGGAAUAGAAUGCUCUCUGCAUGUAGCCAAAGCCAGACUCGACAGAAUAAAAGCUAGGGACUGUACAUAUUUAUACAUUAGAGUCUAAACUUUUGCAAGAUAACUUCUGUUUUUAACUAUAUAAAAUAGCUUCUGUCUCAACAUUGCGGUUGUGUAACUACUUUUGUGUAAUAACCUGUUUACACCAGUGCAUCAAUAGGUCACACUAUACAAGGGUAUGAAUAAGUUUCUUACAGAUUAUCAGUACAUGGAAAAGUACUAGUUUGUAGACAUGGGCUGUGAAGUAAACCCAACAGAUCACUUUUUAAGCUUUUAUUGAUUUGGUGCCAUCUAAAUUAAUGCAAUAGAAUGUUAAAAUGCCUGUCAGAAGUGACUGUUUAAGACACUGUAAACCCAAAUUGUAUGACAUUCUGCAUGUUUUGAGACUGGUAAGUGUUGAAUGCUCAUGAAAAUUGAGAGGGCCCCAAGGGUCCUUUUAACAUAAAGCUUCCAAGAUAUUUAAAAUAAAUAAUUAUUUCCACAGUUGCUGAAUGUUACUUA